AUUAUUGGAGAUCUAUUUCGGAACCAUCGCUGUUCUCGUUUUUAAAAUACCUGGAACGAACAAAGAUUCGCUCAAGAAGGACAAGAGUCAAAGCCAGUACGUUUCGGAGCUCACCACAAUCAAACUAAGUUACAGUGAAAAGGAUGAACAAUACAAAACUGUCACAAAAGCUUUGGAAAAUGUUAAAGUGAGUUGGUUUUUUUUUAUGGGCAUUGGUGUGGAUCAUAUGGUCAAGUGUGAACAUCCGUUUGUUGCUCAAUGGCUGGGGCUUGCGAGAUUUCAGCACGCGGAUGUUAAUGAGAAAGCAUCGGAGGAAGUUACAAAUUUCUGGGAAGAUCAAAAUUUAGACCAAAACCUUAGUCGAUUACAUAAAAGGCGAAAAUUGGUUGAGGUCGAAGGCAUCGUGGACUUUUUACAAACAGGAAACAAGCGCUUAAGUGAUACUUCAAGAUUCGUUCAUAAGUCUCAAUUAGAACUUUUGAAAAGAAAUGAAGGUAACUUGUCGAGGAAAACAUCUGGCCUUGCUAGUAAUAUAGAUGUAGACUCAAACUCAGCAAUCGCUGAUGUCGAAAAUAACCCAUUCUUUGUACCUAAAUACGGGAAGAAUUUGGACAAGGCAGAUGAGGAUGAGAUUAAUCAGCAUAAGCAGGACGAACGUUCACCUAGUUGCUCAAAUUGUAAUACGGAGAUUAAUAUCUCUGGACUAAUUAGAUUUUGUCCGUAUUGUGGAGGAGAUAUCGUGCUGUCUGAGAAUGUAUCAGUAUUUGAAGAGCUGGACUAUGAGUCGGAUGGAGAAAAUGACACAGAUGACAGGGACAAAGAAGAUAAAACUCCCCAAAAUUCUAAGUUGCGUUUGAGAACCGGCAAAAUAGUAGAGGAUGUUCUCUUCAAGUUUGCAAAAGAUAUGGAUUACGAGCAUCACGCUCAUUCCUACAUUGUGGACUAUGACGACGAGAAUGUUAAAUCAUUAUUUACCGAUAUAGAAUGGGAAGAGUUAACUAAGGAUCGAAUCGGUGUUCCAGAUGUUCCAAGCGAGAUUGUCAAAGAGAUGGCAAAAUACGGAAAAAAAACGUUAAAAGAGCUACGUACCAUCGUGAUGACGUCAUAUUUAAAAGAUGAUGAGACAUACGAUAUCAGUAAACAUUACGAUAAAGAAUGGAUACAGACAGCCAUGCGAGCGCUUUGUAAUUUGUACGAAAAUAUGGAUUCUCCGUUAAUAAGGAGCCAGUACGAAGAUUGGUACACGGUUUCCCUUUUUGGAUCAUGCAUUGAUUUUUGUAUUAGGGACGCACAACUAGGAACUGACAUUAAGAGGACAGACGCACCAUCGAUUGACGGAAUAAUUUACAGCAUUGACAAGCAAUUUGAAGUCGGGGCUAUCGAAGCUGCAAGAUCAUUCUUGGGUAUUUCGGACCGGAAAUACCUUCUUGAGGCAUUCAAGAUGCCUAAAACUCUCCGAGACAUGUAUACCGAUUUGCUGAUUGCUGCAAAUUAUGAACAGCAAAAAGCAGACAAAAUCCAAGUUGUUGGAGUUUUACAUCUUGGAUUGUGGAUCCAAUUUGUAAAAUUGUGGCGUGCUGGCGGUUCUAUUUGUAUCUUUCGCAAAGAUCCAAGAUCUUUCAACGUCGAUAGCAGGUUCUCGAAAGAAGGAGUAAAAUCCUUCCUAAAACUUUUAAUAGCAAUAUAUCAAUAUAAGUUGAGUAUUAAGGACAACCUACAAGUCCUGAAUAUUUUGAAUAGCAAUGAUAAUGAAUCAGAUGAUGACCUAGAAAAUCAAUUGGUGGAAGCUAGCCGAAGUUCUACACCGCCACCUGCGUCUACAGUUGAAUUUUUUACUGAUAACGUCAAAACCCCAAGGAAAUUAAGGAAAAAAAGCCGAUAA